AGUAACACCCCAAAAUUUUUGCAAAAUGAUGACACAUUUAGACGGUUGCAUAAUUUUCGGUGUCCGUUGUUUUUCCCAAGUUUCUGCCAAUAAUAUGGCGGCAGAGAACCCCGAUGAUUUAUUAUCCGUUGAACAGAAGUAUCAUUUGUCUGGAUACGAGUAUUUGGAUCACCCUGCAGAUGUUCAACUUCAUUCAUGGGGCACUUCAUUAAGCAAAGCUUUUGAACAAGCUGCAGUUGCAAUGUUUGGCGUGAUGACAGAAAUUGAAACUAUCGACCCAAUUCAAGAGAAAGCAGUUGAAGCUAGUGGUCAUGAUUUAGAAUCCCUUUUGUUUAAUUUUUUAGAUGAGUGUUUGUUUGUUUUUUCAGUAGAACCGUAUCUUUGUGCAAGUCAAGUGAAAAUCACAGAACUAGAUGAUGUAAAUUUUUCCAUAAAGGCUACCCUAAAGGGAGAAACUUUCAACUUGUCUAAACAUCCACAAGGAACGGAAGUUAAAGCAAUCACAUAUUCAAAUUUACAGAUACAUAAAAAUCUGAGCGAUUUUGAAUGCUAUGUUAUUAUUGAUAUAUAAAUUAAAUAGUAAUUUUUGACCAUCUUAAAAAUGUUUGAAACCACUAUUGUAUUAAUUGUGAGCUACAAUGUUUACUGAUACGUUUUUAUUUUGUGCAACAUUUGAAGAAGUUAAAUACACACACACUGUGACUAUGUUUUCAGUUAAAUAAUAAUUCAGUCUUUCUAAAUUAAAUUUGACCACAUUGAUAAAAAACUUAAAUCCAAAUUACAAAGUUUUUACCUGAAAGAACUGUUUUUUUUUUUAGUAUUAAAGUAAAUUUACAUUUUCUGAGACAAUUAGACCCUGCACAAGAAUAUGCGAUAUGAUUGUUGUAUUGCAUGAAACUGUAGGAGAUUUUGUAAAGAACAUGACAAAUAUUUCUAAUGAUAAUAAAACAACAUUUUUCAUCAAA